CUAUCUCCCCGACAGUGCGCCGCGUCAGCCCCCACAAGGCUUGAGGUCCUGUCCAAGAAGCCGUUUCUGGGGCACAUUAUGGGGCAUAGCAUGGGGCAUAGCAUGGGGCAUAGCAUGGGGCACAGCAUGGAGUUUGGAGAGCUCCCGUCUGUUUACAACUCGCCUUGGAACCUGCCGCAUCCAAGGCGUUCAGUCAAACAGAGAGCCUGUCCAGCAGCCGUCAGUGGCGGCUGGCCGGCCACAAGAGUGGACAGUGGACUGCAUCCGAUACCCGCCCCAAACUCAAAGGGAGCUCUCUACUUCCCGCCCACUGCACUGCAGCUGGCCAGUCUUGACGUUGGACCGCCACACACCGGUAGGCAGACCUGCAAGAUGAGAAAUCCACCUCCUCCAGAUGCUAUGUUGCCGACCUCAAGCAUAGUGAUUUGCAUUCCUUUCUCCCCGUAUCUUCAUCACUUCCCGUGUUCCCCGAUAGCUUCAGUCAAGAGCAGAUUACAGUGGUCAAUCAGGUGAGAGCACGGCGGUCAGGUGUUGAUGCCAUAGCAACGUCAAUGAAUGAGACCGAACGCGAACAGGACCCCGUGUCCAACAGACACCCACCACAGGUGCAGCCAGUGGAUCAUUCGACACCGCCCAACAAGAGGAGAAGGAUUGCACUGGCAUGCAGCAAUUGCAGACACAGAAAGUCUCGGUGUGACGGAGGGAGACCUGUAUGUUCACAAUGUCGUGAACUAGGGUCGGAAUGCCAUUAUGAGCAGCAAGGGACCGCCAACAGCCUCACAGUCGGCAGAAGUUACAUAUCUCAACUCGAGACACGGCUUGCAACUAUUGAAGACAACAUCAAGCGACUCCAAAAUGGCCAGACUGUUACACAGCCAAGGUCUCCCAAAUCUCCACAAUGUAGUCGUGGUGGCUUGCCAGGGAGCAAGGAUACACCCACAGAUGACGGCAGCAAUGGGCCUCAGAUCCCUUCCCACAUGCUUUAUCAGAAUAAUGCCGAGUUGGGAGAUUUGGACACGGCCGAAGACUCGAUUGACGGAAUGGGGGCCAUUAAGUUCACCGAUGAGGAGGACUGCGGUUAUUUUGGACCAUCUUCGAACAUUGCUUUUGUCCGCCAUAUUUCUCUAGCGAUGGCUAGGGGAACAGCGGCUGGCCAAGCCGCACCGUCACAGGCCCCUCGUCGCUCAAUUACCGGUACCAUGAGCGUAUCUCGACCUCACUACGUCAAGGAUCAAACUCCACAGAUUGGUGUAAACCCAUCACGGAGAGGAAUCAACAUUUAUGCGCUUCCCUCAGAGGCUCGCACGUGGGCACUAAUCAAGGAGUACUUUCAAAAGACAGGGCAGUUAUUGCCGUUUAUUCACGAGGAGUCGUUCUGCGAUACCUAUUUCCAGAUGAAGCGCAACCACUUCACAUUGGCCCGCAGGACAUGGCUCGGCUUACUCAACAUCAUUAUGGCCAUGGGUACCACGCUAUCGGUCGAAGGGAAUAUGUCUUCGGAAGAGCGGAUAGAGGAAUCCGACGUUUACUAUCAGAGAGCCAACGCGCUGUGUUACAAGGAGUCCAGACGAAAUAUCAGUCUUGAGUUGGUCCAAUACCUUCUCAUUCAAGGCCAGUAUCUCCAAGGAACCCAAAAGUCUGUCCAAGCUUGGACAGUCCACGGGUUAGCCAUCACCACUGCCUUCCAGUUGGGCCUGCAUUCGCCUCGAACCAAUUCCGAAUUCCCUGCACUCGAGGCAGAGAUCCGAAAGCGUGUCUGGUUUGGAUGCAUCCUACUCGAUCGAACUCUAAGCAUGACCUUUGGUCGGCCCUCCAUAAUCCCGGACAACUACGUCAAACUUGACCUGCCGAUUUUCAACAUCAAGAUCGUUGGUCAGGCUCCCACACCUCAAAAUGAACCUGCCAUUCCUCAAAUGGACGCUAUGUUCUACACAGCUACCAUCAAGUUAUAUAAUGUCAUGUAUCAUAUCAUCGACACGUGUUACGGACAGAAUUUGGGCAUUGAAGAUUCCCUGGACGACUCGGAGAUCUUCUCCCUGGUGCUGAAAGGUGGUAGGUUACUUGACGAAUGGCAGUUUCAGCUCCUACCACAACUUCUCCUCCGUGUGUGCGACGUGCCACUCCGUCCUCCGGAUCUCGACAAAAUGGAACAGAGGAAUCUGAUUGUGGAGCGGUUCAAUAUGGUAUUGUCGCUGCGAUACCAUAACCUCCGGAUUUUGCUUCACCGUCCUAUUCUCGAGAAGAUCCUGGACACAUAUGGCGGACAACACGACGCCGCGGGAGCCGGAAAUGGUAUGUCUGCUCGCGUUGGGGUGGAGAACCCCAUGCUACAACAGAUUGGUGUCACGAGCAUUGAGACCUGCGUCGACUCGGCCAUGAUCAUCAUAUCGAUUGUCCAUACCAUUGUUUUGUCUGCCGGAUGGCGCCGCGAUCUUCUAGGGGCGUGGAAUUACUCGUUGUUCUACACAUUCAAUGCCGGCCUAGUCUUAUUCGCAGCACUUCUCGUGGCGCCGAAAGACGACCUUCGCCAGCAGAGGCAAGACCCCAAAUAUUUCAUUCCCUCCAGGUGGGACUUCGUCGACCAUAUCCCGCGGUAUUUGACCAUGGCCAUCGAAGCCCUGAAACAUCUGGACCGGGGAAACCGCGUCAUAGACCGUUGCGUGGUCUAUCUUGCCCAAUUAUCCGCUACGCUCACCAGCCACACUCCGUCGACCAACUUCGAUCCGAGUUACUCUGUCGUAGGCAGCAACGGCAACAAUGUCAACACCGGCAACGGUGCCAGGCGAAGCAAUACCAAUACGGUUCCAUCUGUCAAUCCUAUCGACAAUACAACUCAAAUAGAUCAAAACCUGGACGUUGGCGUCAACCAGCAUCAACAGCACUCCUCUCAACAUUACCAACAACAGCAUCUCGCGACAACAUCCCGGACAUUCCAGAUGGACGUGGAGACGGACUUGAACGAGUUUAUGCUCGACACGGAUUUGGAUCUGUUCGCCAGGCAGUUUGAUUUGUUCCGGCAAUAUUGAGCACCAUGUUCAGUGGUAGCGUGCAGCAUCACACUCACUCUUACAACUGCAGUGGGAACAAGAGCCAGGAGAAGCGAAGAGAAAAGAUCGAGAGAGAGAGAGAGAGAGAGAGGAACAACUCGGGCACGAGAAAAGGGAAAUAGCAAAAAGGACUAAGUGGUCAAAAGGGCAGAGGUAUCAAUAUGGUUGGUACAAGCAACCCGGUCGACGACUAAUUCUAAGUGAGGAUGAUGAGCACGGAUGGCGAGAGUCGCCACUGUCCUUAUCGUUGUGCUUUGAAAGGGGGCCAAAAAGCGUUAUCACUUGAUACCGUUACCUCACUGCGUGACUGCAUGACUGCAAAGUACAAACUACAUAUGUAUAAACAUAUCCUCGUCGGGGGAAGUGAUGAAACAUUGAAAGUUUCUUUGUGCACCAGUGAAGGAGAUAAAUUACAAUAUGAUAUACUUGGUUACCUAGUCCCCUAACCAGUGGAGACUGGGGACUCAUUCAUAUAAAAACCACGAAGCAAAAGCACAGUCAAAUUUCAAUCAAACUUUACCAGGCCUCACAGGCAAUCCAGCAGCCUGAUAGAUCUGA